UUUAUAAACAUAAUAAAGUUAUUGGCGCCCCAUGGAACUUAGAAGCAUAUUGCCAAAAACUUCAAACGCAACUAAUCAAUGCACCUCGCCUACAGUCGCACCGAACAUGAGGAAGCCCGAAACGGCACGCCUCUACUACUGUCGCUCCUGCCUGGUGGCCUUUCCCCGGUUUCUCGCCUGCAAGCUACACGAGCAGCUGUGCGACGCGCGUUUAGCCCGGCUGCACAUAUGCAAAUAUUGCCUGACGCUGUAUGGGGAUGAGCAACUGCAUAAGCGUCACAUCCAGCGCAAGCACAUGGAUCGCCGGUAUAUGUGUUUGCAGUGUGGUACGUUUGGCAAGCGCUACAGCUCCUCGAUAUUCCUCUUCAAGCAUGUCGUAUCGUGGCAUGGCGAGCAGUCGCUCUUCUACUGCGCCAUGUGUGCGGACAACUGCAACGACGCGAAAGCAUUUAGCUGUAUGCGUGAUCUGAUUGCUCAUGCCGAGAGCGAGCACAGUCUGCACGGCGAUGGCAGCGUUGUGGACGAGACGGAGGACCUGGAGAUGCUUGAGGAGAACAUUGACGAGCUGCUGCCAACGGUUGACUGGGACGAUGAUUUAACAUUUGGCUGGCCCAUGGAUUUGGACAAAGAGUCAUGCAUUGCCGAUCCGAAGCCAAAGCCCAGCGCUUACGUCUGUCCAAUUUGUGCUAAUGGAUUUACCGGCAGCAUCAGCCUGUUAAAGCAUAUCGAAAAGUCGCAUCAGCGCAAUCCCCUGAUCUGCAUCUUCUGUGGCAAAUUGCACAAAAACCGCGAGGCAGUCAGAGCACAUUUUCAGCGCCAGCAUGUCCUACUGCGCGCUCACAUCUGUAGAGUGUGCAAGGCAGACUUUACCACCGCCGAUCAUCUGUUGAAGCACCGAAGAAGCCAGCAUCUGGAGCGUGCCUUUGUCUGUCCCGAAUGCGGCAAGUCCUUUGCCCAAAUUGGUCAUCUAACUCAGCACAUGUUGUCCGAGCGAGGUCAUAUCAAACAUAUAUGUGCUCUAUGCAACACGCAGUUCUUUCGCUCCAUCGAUCUCAUGCGCCACACUCAAGUCCAACACUCACUGCAUCCCUAACAAGACAACAAAGUGACAGCCAACGAUAAUAACGGUACAUUGGUUAACAGCGCAAGAACAGGCGUUUAGCCAUGACACAAACCCAGC